AUGGAAAGCCAUUACCGGAAUUGACCGGCUGUGUCUGAGAAUUUUUACGUAAUUUUGUUUACACUCUUCUUCAAGGCCGACCAUGUUUAGCAUUUUGAAAUGGACGACCCGGAGCUAGAGAAAGUGAGCAGUCAGAAAAGGAAACGGGAGAGUGAAGAGGAACCAAGGCAGUGUGCAAACAGCAAGCAAGUAGUAGAAGAAGGAAAGUCAUGGUGGACAUGUAUGAUGCUAGGGAUCUCACAAGAUAACACAAAGCCCCAGGGAAGGAGAGUCGACAUGACACAGAACAACUCUCAAAGUAAAUGAUCAGCGAAUGACAGCCAUACCAAUUGAACAUUGUACCUGUCCCAUUGAUCUGAUUUUAUCCUAAUUCCUUGAUUUGUGCAUGAGGCCAUUUAUCAUACAGAGUUGAUUCAUGGCUAAUGAACCUGAUGUUUGUGAGGAAUGUCAAUCAGUCCGCCCAGCCACGCCCCCUUCUGAUUCCUGCUGUGGUUCAGGAUGUGCGGUCUGUGUUUAUGAUAUUCACGAUCAGGAGAUAGAUCUGUGGAAGAAGACUUGCAAGCGUAAACAUGGUGCUGAUAAAAGUCAGUUAGAAAGCAGUGAAACUGUCAUGGAUCUGAUGGACUAUAAAUAUUACACUCUGCAAUCUAUUGUCCCGGUUUGUACCAAUACAGCAGUCUACAGAUUCGCAUUGCCACCUGGGAAGAAACUGGAUCUGUCUAUUGCAAAGCACAUCAUACUCAGGGGUAAACACGAUGGCAAGAUGAUAACCAGGCAGUACACACCCAUCUCUCAGCCACAUGAUACAGGAUUCUUUGAUGUUCUUAUAAAGUUGUAUGUGGAUGGGGAUAUGUCUCAGUACAUUAAGGAGUGGAAGAUAGGUGAUAAUAUAGAAUGGAGAGGACCUUUUGGGUCUUUUACAUACCAGCCAAACAAGGGCCACUAUAUUCUUGCUAUUGCCGCUGGUACCGGUAUCACACCGAUCAUCCAGGUAAUGAGGCAUCUUGUUGAGAAUGAGGAAGAUGAGACAGUCUUCAGAUUACUCUACACCUGUCGUUCCUAUGAUGAAAUUCUACUCAGGGAAACCCUUAAUGAGCUCGCUCUCUACUGGAAUAUCACUAUCAUCUUUAAUCUUACACAGAGCUCGCCUGGCAGUCAUCCUAUUGGUUAUGGUGAGACUAUCCAAUAUGGUCGCUUCACACGGGAGAGGCUAUCCAAAGAAGUAGCAGCAUCAAUGGGACGUCGUGUAAGGGCAUUGGUAUGUGGAACUCGUUCUUUUGAAAAUGACAUGAGCACAUUCCUGAAAGAAUCAGGAGUACCAGGAGAUUCCAUUGAAAAGUUUUGAUAUGCAGGGUAUUUUAUUCUAGCUUUCUGUAAAGGUUAUUUUAAGUUAUGAUAAAUUUCUUUAAAAAUGUAAUAAUAGGUGUCACUUCCACUUCACUACUAAAUUGUAUAAAUGUUUAUGCCCCAGAACAGUUAUGAUGUGAGGUACUUGUAUGAAAAGGAAUGAUCAUAAUAUUACAAUAUCACAAACUAAACCCCUCAAAAAAAGUUUGGAAGUCUGAGUUUGUCCAUUAAUUUCUCCCAACUCCCAAUUUUACACAAUGCAU